AUGACAGACGAGGCUAUGGUGACCGACGAGACUCAUGGAGACCAGUCCGAGGUGGCAAACCAAGCUAAGGUUGGAGAGCCAUCACUUUUAGAUAAAAAACUACGAAAUCGAAUAACGCGGUUUCUGUAUACUGGCAACGAAUUACCUAUAUACUAUCCAGGUAACUGGGAUAAAUAUUUCAAUGAUACCCAUGUCAAAGCUAUUAAUGAACUCCUGGAGAGACAACCGAGAAAUAUUGAAGUUGUUGAUCUUAUUUUAAAGGCCUACGAAAGCGGUUGGUGUACUAGGUUUGAGACAAUAGCAUAUGCUUUGACAAAUUGCCUUGUCAAAGGUCAUCAGGAUGUUAAAGAGGUUACAUAUAAAGCUGCAUCUAAAAUUUGUACCACUCCUGAAAAGUUAAUGAUGUUUAAUAAAUUCACCCGAACAAUGAAAACUGGUAAUGGUCGUGGUUGGUGUAGACAUGUUCAGGAAUGGUACGCAAAGAAGGAUCCGAUGGAGUUAGCAAAGGAAAUGACAAGAGUACGAGGUAGACACGGACGUUCCCACAAGACUCUACUCAAAAAAUCUCAUGUGAAAGUUCCUGAAAAUGACCAUGCAAGAGAUGCAGUAGUUAAGUAUGCUAUUUAUGGUCUGAAAAAAGCUAAGAGACAAGUCGGUGAAACAGAAGGAACUAAGGAGAUUUUUGACUACAUUCAAAAAGUAGAAGACAUGCGGCAUUGUGAAGAUUCUGUGGCAGCUGCAGUGAUGGCAGCUGAACACAAAUUUACUCUCGACCAUGUUCCGGGACAUCUGCUCACCUCACAAGAUGUCUGGAAUGCAGUUUUGCCUCAAAUGACCUUAUCCGAGCUGCUUUACAACAUACAACGUAUACACAACAUGGGAUUCUUAACAAACGACUCUACUACGACUGCUAUUCUUGUAUCACUGCUAAGCAAUCAGAAUGUUAUAAAGAACUCUAAAGUUACUCCGAUUGAAGUUUAUAUAACUUUGUGUAACUACAAAAAGAAUUCCAAACCAAUGAAGUAUGAAAAAGCUAAAGUAGCUUUGGAAAAGCAAAAUCGGCGUCGUUCUCGCCAAAUCUUCGACCCUAAAACGCAAACAUGGGAGUGGACGACUACUAAGCGUCAUCCAAAAGAAUUAAAGAACUGGGGUAUUGACCGACCACCUAACCCUUCUGUCAUAUCUACUCUUCACAAGCUGAUUGAUCACACUUGGCUGCUCACUCCUCCAACUAAAGCCCGCUAUCUCAUCACCAUGGAUAUGAGGCAUCACAUGUUUAAAGGUCGUCACUUCUGCAAGACAAACAGCGUUCCAAAGAAGAACAAGAAAGUAUCACCAAAAAGCACACCAAGUGGCUCGAACAGAGCUGACACUGAGGAACCCGAGAGCAAAAAACAUUUGCUGGCCGAAUGCUUUUAUAAUAAACACGUGACUCCCGGGCAUGCAGCUAUAAUAUUAGCUUUGCAACUGCUGAAGCGGGAAAAAGAUGUGAAAUUAGCUGUUUUCUCUGAAGAUGGAAUACAGUUGGUCUCCAUUGAGCCUAAUUUUAGCAACAUGGAAGAGGCAGAGUUUAUGUUGAGGAAAGCCCAAUUGGGCCGUGUUCAACUCGACGCGCCAAUCCAAUGGGCCGACCAAGCCAAUCAGACAUUCGACGUGUUCAUAAACAUGGUAGACCGUACAACGCGCUACAUGGAGUUAGACCUAGAGGCGCGCGGUGGCCGCGGUCCAGGCGGCCGGUAUGGACCGGCCCCGGCUUCAAAGGACAUACCUGAUCACUGCCCAGUGAGAGCUCUAGAACGUUAUCGAUCUAAAUUCAACUGCGACACUAAGUUGAUUGUGCUUUCAUUAGCUUCUCAUCGGGUAGCGACAAGCGACGGCAACUUCGAAGGUGUUCUUGACAUCGUCGGCGUUGACGAACACGUUCCUAAAAUUAUGGACGCGUUCGUGCUUGGAGAGUUCAAGUAAACUGGAACCAUUUGUCAUUGUCAAUUUUAAAUCGUUAAAACUGUCAAUUCUCGUGUAGACAAUAUCUUACCACACAAAAUUUUGUCAUGUCUAAAUUUUAGUGUUAUUUAGUCAAGGAUUAAUAAUUAAAGUUGCAUAACAAUUCUAUGUUUUUGAUAAUAAAAUAAUAUUUAAAAAAAAAUAUCAUGUCAAAAAAAAUCGUCAGUGGCGAAAUUAUGUACCCACCCUCAUAUUCUGUAAAGAAUAUUUAAAUUUUGGUUAAAAUGAAUGGAUAUAAUUUAUUAAAAUACUAUGAUUUUAAAUUGACUUAGUUUAAAUUGCGACCUCAGGAUUGGCAGUAUUUAACGAUUCUGAAACGGUUGUAUCUCGUGCAGUUUAAUCGAUUUCCUCCUACCUCAAUAAUUACUUUGUUCAUUGACACCACAAUGUGUUCCGAACCCAGUAACAUUUUUUAAAUUUUUUAUAAUAAAUUACUAGUUUGUAGUCUGGAAUUC